GCCCUGGUGUCUCUGCAGUAGGCGUGACCUUGUGGACUGGGAAAUACUCCCCUCCUCCCAGACGCUGACAGCUAGGGCUAAAGGUACAUCAGAUAGGCGAUUAGCUGAAGCUGCUAUCAGUUGCUCUCUGGAAAAGAAAGUGCAGAGAGACGCUCUGUUUUCUUGUAGGCGCUUCCCAGGGUGGCGUGUGCUGGGGGCAACUAGUUGCUCCAUUCUAGGAGGAGCGGGGAGCUGCCCCCAUCCCAGCAGAGGCAUGGUGGCAGUGGCAGGCAUCUGGCUGGUGGUGUGAGGGCAGCGGCCCGUGGGGCUCUGGUGCAAGAGGAUGACGGGAAGAGGGUCUCCCGCCCCGGAGAGGAGUGACAACAGUGGGCAGGCAGGCGAGACGAAGGCCGUGGCACAGCCCGCCAACUGCAUCAGUGUGCGGGGGGUCUCCUACAGUGUCAGAGAGAGUGUUGGCCCAUGGUGGAAAGUUCCUUUAUACCAUACCAAAUGGACUCGGCAAAUACUUAAAGAUGUUUCAUUUCAUAUAGAGAGUGGCCAGAUUAUGGGGAUUUUAGGAAACUCUGGAUCUGGGAAAACAACACUUCUGGAUGCAGUAUCAGGAAGACUGGAAGAUAAGGACAAUUUUUUUGGUGAAGUGUAUGUGAAUGGGCAUCAGUUGAAGAAGGAACAGUUUAGAGAUUGCUUCUCUUAUGUGCCACAGAAUGACGCUUUGCUAAGCUUCCUCACCAUAGAAGAGUCUCUGACCUACACAGCUUUACUUGCUCUUCAGAAGUGCUCCAACAGCUUCAUCAAGAAGAAGGUCGAUGCGGUUAUGGCCGAGCUGAGUCUUAGCCACAUUGCCAACAAAAUAAUUGGAAGCCAAAUAUAUGUAGGAAUUUCUGGAGGUGAGAGGCGUCGUGUCUCAAUUGCAGCCCAGCUAUUACAAGAUCCCAAGAUCAUGCUGCUUGAUGAGCCAACGACAGGGCUGGAUUGCCUGACUGCAAACCAGAUCGUCUCACUGCUUGUGGAACUUGCACACAAAGACAGGAUUGUGAUUAUCACCAUUCAUCAGCCUCGCUCAGAACUCUUCAGGUUAUUUGACAAAGUAGCCAUCAUGAGCUUUGGAGAAAUGGUUUUCUGCGGGAACCCUAUGGAAAUGAUCACAUUUUUUAGCAACUGUGGCUAUUCGUGUCCUGAACAGUCAAAUCCUUUUGAUUUCUAUGUGGAUCUGACUUCUGUGGACACUCGAAGCAAGGAACGUGAACUUGAAACCUAUAGCAGGGUUCAGGUGAUUAUAUCAGCUUACAAAAACUCGGAGAUCUUUAGGAAAGUACUGGAAGCCAUUGAGAGAACAAGGUUUAUGAAAGACCUUCCACCCAUACCAUUCAAAAACAAAGACUCACCUGGUGCCCUUUCCAAAUUAUGGUUUCUUUUAAGGAGGAUAACAAGAAAUUUCUCUAAAGAUAAGAUGGGCAUAAUCAUGCGUCUCCUCCAGAAUCUUCUGUUUGGCUUGUUUGUAGCAUUUUUCCUUCUUAGACUAACAUCUGACUUGGAAAAAGGAGCAGUACAGAACCGUGUGGGUCUCCUCUACCAGUGCGUGAGUGCUCCUCCCUACACAGGGAUGCUCAAUGCUGCUGCCCUUUUCCCACCUUUACGUGCUAUCAGCGACCAAGAAAGCAAAGAUGGCUUGUAUCAGAAGUGGCAAAUGCUUUUAGCUUAUAUCAUACAUUUCCUGCCCUUCAGUAUUCUCAGCGUGGUAAUUUUCAGCACCUUUAUGUACUGGACUGUGGGAUUGUAUCCUGAUCCUUUCAGAUUUGGAGUUUUCUUUGCGGUUGUCUUGGCGUCCCAUGUGAUUGGUGAACUACUCACCCUUGUGAUGCUUGGGGUUGUUCAAAACCCAAAUAUAGUCCAAAGUGGAGUGGUGCUGCUUAACUCAGCAGGUGUGGUAGUGGGAACCGGACUCGUAAGGACCAUAGAAGAAAUGCCAAUGCCUUUUCAAAUACUCAGUUUUCUCACCUUUCAAAAAUACAGCAGUGAGAUUCUGGUAGUCAAUGAAUUUUAUGGCUUAAACUUCACUUGUGGUAAAGACAACGGUUCCACUACAAUAAACGCUAAAUGUCCAAUCUCUCAUGGCAUCCAAUUCAUUGAACAAAACUUUCCUGGUGCAUUAUCCCGGUUCACAAUGGAUUUCCUACUGCUCUAUGCUUUCCUACCAGUACUUGCCAUUAUAGCAAUCUUGAGCUUCAAAAUAAGAGAGAAGAUUAUUAGCAGGCAGUGAAAAAAGGUAGCAGUACUAACAAUGUGUAAUACUGUACUUUUAAUUUUAUUACACUUCAAAGCUUGAUCUGCUGGAUUUUAUAUAGAAUUUAAACGAUCAAACAUCAUAGAGAAACACAUCUUCCCUUGCUUGAUUCUAAGUGGACACUUUCCAUCUUAAAAAACAAUGUUCUAAUAAGAGUGUGAAUGACUUCCUGCUAUUCCUGGUAUUCCCACCCUUUUUUCCUCUUCCAAAUCAGCCAUUUCAACAGUGUUACAUGUUUUAGAGGACUUUUAAAAUUUCAUUUAGUCUGCUGAUGUGUUCGUUCUUCAACAAUGUAAUGAUGCUCUAAUGUUUUCCCCAUACUUUUCUUUUUUAAGCUACUCCAAUAAACAGAGAAGUAGAAUUGUUGAGUAAAUCUAGAAUUGUUUUUAAAAUAGUAUGCUUUGUUUUGUUAACAUUUUGGGACUUUAGAAAGAGAACAAACCAAACACUGUAAGAAAAGACAGAAUCAAGAAGUCAGUUUAAUCUCAUGCAUCCUAUCCAACCACAGCAUCCACGAGUACAAGAAGCAACUUUAAGCAACAUAGAAGUUACCAAAUGUUUUUGUUUUGUAAGCAAUGCCAGAUCAUAGAAGGCAGUUAUGUUAUUUAUAUUUGCUCUUUCUUCUCGGUAUUCAGUUCUAAAUCUUGUUUUGGAAGCAGUCUGUGAAUUACUAGGGAAAAAAAUUGUUUAUUAAUAAAGUAUCAGUUCACCUAGGUUGCCUCCCUUUUCUUGAAAGACAUGUUAUUUGCAUCUUUCUCUGGAAACCAUUUUCAUGGGCUCACUAACAC